UAGUCAGUAGUCACUAGGGUUUUGCACUAACGUUUCCCCGCCUUUUUGCUCACUCAAAACUGCAUAAAAAGGGCGGGAGAGAGAGAGGCCUCUGUCUCUGAUUUCUCUCUCUCCGUCGUUUUGCUCAACAAGAACAAGUGGCUUCUCGCGACUGUAUUCUGAGGAAGGAAAAUUUCAAGAUGUCACUUGGUGUUCGGCAUCUAACAGUCCUGGGCGAGUUCAAACCGUUCGGAUUGAUCGCAGAAGCUCUAGACGGAAAGCCCGUUGAAAAUGCCACUGAAAAAUACGAUUACUUCCUCUUUGAUCCCCAAAUUACCCGUGAAAGCAACGAAACCUCUGAUUACGACUCUUCGGCGUCUGCUUCAUGUGAUAGAAGCGAUCAUGAGCUCUUCAUUAGAGGAAAUCGGAUAAUUUGGAGUUCAGGAUCACGAGUGCAAAAGAGAUACACUUUACCUUCAUUAGUGAUCAUGGCAUGCUGGUGUCGGUUGGGUGCCACAUCAGAAUCUGUUCUUUGUGUUUUACAAGUUGAUACUUUGACAAUCUACAACAUAUCAGGUGAAGUGGUAUGCCUUCCUCUUCCUCAUAUUGUGACAUCAAUCUGGCCUCUUCCCUUUGGUUUGCUCCUCCAAAAGUCAACUGAUGGGAACUGUCCACUCUUUCCGCCUUUUCAAUCCUCAAGCCUGCUGCUGCAUGCACGUGAUUUUUCUCGCCCAAAAAGAGAAUUUGGCUACAGUCCUCAACAUACUAUCAACUUACUUGGUUCAUUUGAUCAUAUUAGCAAGGGGGAUAUGUCUUCCAUAUCAUCACACCUGAUUUUGAGAGAUCCACUGGAAGAACCCCAGGCAACACUUGCAGAAGAAAGGGGCAAACUGACUGUCAUGAAGGAUUUUGAUGAAAAGACAAUUUGGACAAGUGAUGUUAUUCCUCUAAUGGCAUCAUAUAACAAAGGAAAGAUGCAACAUUCCGUGUGGUUAGUUGAAAUUGCUAAUUCAAACCUUGAAUCUGCCAACAAUGGUUUGUUUGAUGUUGUUCCUGCUGGGGUGUUAUCAAAACAGUUCUCCUUCAGGAGGAUAUGGCAGGGUAAAGGCGCCCAAUCUGCUGCUAGUAAGGUAUUUUUAGCAACUGAUGAUGAUGGAGUGCCUGUAAUAUGUUUUCUCCUCCAAGAACAAAAAGGACUACUUUCUGUAAGGCUUCAGACUGUGGAUAUAAGUAACGAGGUUCUGUUUGAUAUUAAACCUGAUACAAGCUGGAGCAUUCCAGCAAUAGCUGCUGCUCCUGUGAUUGUGACACGUCCAAGAGUGAAAAUUGGACCAUUACCAUUUGCGGACAUCAUUGUCUUGAAUUCAGAAAACAGUCUUGUUCUUUAUUCAGGAAAGCAAUGCCUAUGUAGGUAUUUAUUGCCAUCUCGGUUAUUUAAAGGCCUCAUAUCACAUCAUGUGGAGUCUACAGAAUCAGCAUCUGUUUCCCAUGACUUAAAGAUUACGGGGUUAACUGAUGCUGUUGAUGGAAGAAUUAAUGUAGUUGUUAAUAAUGGGCAGAUGUUUAGAUGUGCAUUACGAAGAAGCCCCUCUUCGUCUUUAGCAAAUGACUGUAUUACAGCAAUGGCUGAGGGACUCCAGCCCAAUUUUUAUAAUCAUUUUCUUGGUCUUCUCUGGGGAAGUGGUGACUCUUCCUACUUGUCUGAGGCUGAUGCUUCUGUUGACUCAGAAUGGGAGUCCUUUUGUGGUAUUAUAAUGCAAAUGUGUACAAAUCCUAGAGUUACUCCUACAAAGUGCUUAGAUUCACCACCUUAUUCAUCAUGGGAGUUUCUUAUUAACAGCAAAUUUCAUGAAAGUUACAUGAAAUCUACAUCCAUUACUGGGAUUCCUUUUAAAACGUCUCUUGACUUUUGUGAUUUUGAACACUCCACUAGAUAUUUCGGAGGCAGACAGAGCUCAGAGAUGUCAUACAAUGUUCAAUUUUUGAUGGACACUUUGGAUUCCUUGCAUGCUCUAUAUGAAUGUUUGAAACUUGAUAAUCUUCGUAAACGGGACUUAGGACUUCUGGUGGUUCUAUUAUGUAAUAUUGUUGCUUCUCUUGGUGAGGAAAGCUAUAUUGACUAUUACCUUCGGGAUUUUCCCCAUCUUUCAAAGAAUUUUGGAACCUGCAGUACCUGUUCUUCUCCUAGAACUCCACCAUCUUUAUUUAAAUGGCUGGAUAUAUGUUUGCGAUAUGGUUGUCAUAUGGCUAAUAUCAAUGACCUCCCAUCUCUAAUUUGUAAAGAAGGAAGUUAUGUGGUGAGCUGGGCACGAAAGAUCAUAUCAUUCUAUAGUCUAUUAUUAGGUGCGGAAAGGCUAGGCAAGAAGCUUUCUUCAGGUGUCUAUUGUAACAUUGCCACAGGAUCAUCCCGCUCUCCUGAAGAGCUUACUGUCUUAGCAAUGGUUGCAGAAGGGUUUGGACUCCAACAAUUAGAUUUACUGCCUGCUGGUGUAUCUCUUCCUUUGCGACAUGCAUUGGACAACUGCAGAGAAUCUCCUCCCACAGAUUGGCCUGCAGCUGCAUAUGUUCUUAUUGGUCGAGAAGAUUUGGCAUUAUCAUGUUUGGAACAGUUGAGCAAAUCUAAGGGGAUUGAAUCCCAAACAACUUCAAAUUUAAUCUCUAUAUCUACUCCUUACAUGCUACAUUUGCAUCCAGUGACAAUACCUUCCUCAGUUUCUGAUACAAUGGGGUUGGAUGGCAUUAAGAUUGAAGAUACAGAUUCCAUAGAUGGAUCUACAACUGAUGGCAUGGAACAUAUCUUUAAUUCCAGCACACAGUUACGGUAUGGUCGUGAUCUAAGAUUAAAUGAGGUUAGGCGCCUUUUGUGCUCUGCAAGACCUGUGGUAGUUCAAACGUCUGUGAAUCCUAGUGCUUCUGAUCAGGACAACCAACAGGCUCAGCUCUGGCAGCUUGCUCAAAGGACCACAGCUCUUCCUUUUGGCCGUGGGGCAUUUACUCUUGCUACCAUCUGUACUCUUUUGACAGAGGCACUUGUAGUACCAAAGCUUGUUUUGGCAGGUCGCUUGCCUGCCCAACAGAAUGCAACUGUCAAUCUAGAUCCUAACAUAAGAAAUGUACAAGAACUUAAAUCCUGGCCAGAGUUUCACAAUGCUGUAGCUGCUGGGUUAAGGCUGGCUCCUUUUCAGGGAAAAAUGUCAAGAACAUGGAUAAUAUAUAAUAAACCGGAAGAGCCAAAUGUUAUUCAUGCAGGACUUCUCCUUGCACUAGGAUUGCAUGGACAUUUACGUGUUUUAACAGUCACUGAUAUAUAUCAGUAUUAUUCCCAGGAACAUGAGAGCACAACAGUAGGACUGAUGCUUGGACUAGCAGCAUCAUAUAGGGGAACUAUGCAGCCUGCAAUAUCAAAGUCUCUUUAUUUUCACAUUCCCACUCGCCAUCCAUCUUCCUUUCCAGAAUUGGAGUUACCAACACUUCUUCAGUCAGCAGCUCUCAUGUCCAUCGGGCUUCUUUAUGAAGGAUCAGCACACCCCUUAACCAUGCAAAUUCUUCUGGGUGAAAUGGGUCGAAGAAGUGGUGGUGAUAAUGUACUGGAAAGAGAAGGUUAUGCUGUUUCAGCAGGAUCUGCAUUGGGGCUUGUAGCUUUAGGUCGAGGCGAAGAUGCACUUGGCUUCAUGGAGACUAUGGUGGAUAGGCUUUCCCAAUAUGCCGGUGUCAAAGAAUUUCAUAAUGAAAGAUCCCUUGUUGUGACACCAUCAAUAGAUGAGCAUAAUCGCUGUUCUGGUCAGAUGAUGGAUGGGACAACUGUCAAUAUUGAUGUUACUGCUCCUGGUGCCAUAAUUGCUUUAGCUCUAAUGUUUUUAAAGACAGAAUCAGAAGCUACAGCAUCUAGGCUUUCUAUCCCUCAUACCCAUUUUGAAUUGCAAUACGUAAGGCCUGAUUUUAUAAUGCUUCGUGUCAUUGCACGGAAUUUGAUAAUGUGGAGCAGGGUUGAGCCAUCCAGAGAUUGGAUUCAGUCCCAGAUUCCUGAAAUUGUGAAAAUAGGCAUCACGAGCCUGGGCAGUGAAACUGAUGACUAUGAUGAAAUGGAUGCAGAAGCACUGGUUCAGGCCUAUGUGAAUAUAGUAGCUGGAGCAUGCAUAUCUGUUGGGCUGAGAUAUGCUGGCACAAGAAAUGGCAAUGCACAGGAACUGCUAUAUGAUUAUGCUAUCUACUUUUUGAAUGAGAUCAAGCCUGUAUCUGUUACAAGUGGGUGCGUCUUACCAAAGGGAGUGUCCCAGUAUGUAGAUCGAGGGACCCUGGAGUUAUGUCUACACCUAAUUGUUCUUUCUCUUUCAGUGGUUAUGUCAGGCUCCGGGCAUCUGCCAACAUUUCGGUUGUUGCGGUAUCUUCGCAGUAGAAACUCUGCUGAUGGGAAUGCUAGUUAUGGUAUCCAAAUGGCUGUGAGCUUAGCUAUUGGUUUCUUAUUUCUUGGUGGAGGUAUGAGGACUUUUUCAACCAGCAACAGUGCUAUUGCUGCUUUGCUAAUUACUCUUUAUCCACGCUUGCCUACUGGACCAAAUGAUAACCGCUGCCAUCUUCAGGCAUUCAGGCACUUGUAUGUCCUUGCCACAGAAGCUCGCUGGGUUCAGACAGUUGAUGUUGACACAGGUUUACCGGUUUAUGCUCCUCUAGAGGUGACCACCAUAGAAACAGAACAUUAUGCAGAAACAAGCUUUUUUGAAGUCACCCCAUGCAUUCUGCCAGAACGUGCUGUUCUGAAGACUGUACGGGUUUGUGGACCCAGAUAUUGGCCUCAAGUCAUAGAGCUUGUUCCUGAAGAUAAACCUUGGUGGAGUUCUGGGGAUAAGAAUGACCCAUUUAAUUGUGGUAUUAUCUAUAUCAAGAGAAAAGUUGGAGCUUGUUCCUAUGUGGAUGACCCAAUUGGGUGUCAGUCAUUGCUUUCAAGAGCGAUGCACAAGGUGUGUGAUCUGACAAGUCUGAGAGCUUGCAGUGCUGGUAUCAAUGGGAACAAUGAACCUGGUUCAUUUAAGGUUGAUCAGUUGGUCAGUACUUUCUCAUCUGAUCCAAGCUUAAUAGCAUUUGCACAACUUUGUUGUGACCCUUCAUGGAAUAGCAGAUCUGAUGUUGACUUCCAAGAAUUUUGCUUGCAAGUGCUAUUUGAGUGUGUGAGCAAGGAUAGACCAGCUCUCUUACAGGUUUAUAUAUCAUUAUUCACAAUGAUAGGGGCAAUGGCUGAACAGGUGACUAAUGGCAUUUAUGUUCCUGAUGACACACUCUUUGUCUCUAGUUUAAAGCUUGCAUUAGCCUACAGUGAGGCCCUGAUUAAUGGAAGAUUAAAAACUUCAAGGGGAAGCAUUGUACAGUCGACCUUUAUUGCGUCUCUCAGAAAACGUGUAGAAGACAUUCUGAAUUAUUCACAAAGAAUGCAAAGUGAACUCUCUACCUAUUUGAUUUUGGGUAAGUGGCCCCAUAAGCAAUCUCAAGGAGAGAUGGAUGUUAUGCUGCUUGCAUGGUUUCUUCGGUGGUUUGAGGUGCCACCUCCUUUUGUCAUAAAGUCUGCUAUGGAGAAGAUCAAGCACAAAUAUACAUCUUCUUUAGUCCCUCUGUUGCGGUURUUAUUUCCAAGAACUCACAUAAAUGCAAUUGUUGAAAUAGACAAGUCUUGGUUGUCCUCCAGUAUUCAUAACUGAUUUCCAAAUAGCUUCAUGAGGGAACAGCGUCUCCUUUCUUAACAAUUCAGGGCAAAGAUGUUAGAUGGCUUUGAGGAGAUUAGCUAGGAGGAAAUACAAUGUGCUUGCCUUUGUAUCAUCAUCUGACCCACUCUACUUCUAGUAGAAGCAAGGUUUAUAUUAUAAAACAGCAUAUUCCAAGAGAAACUUUUGGGRCUCUAAGCCUACAAAAGAUGGGGUAUUCUGCCACAUGAAUGAUAAGCACCUUACCAAAAUUUAAGAAUGUAAAAACAGCGCAGAAAUUUUUGCCAAAAAACAGUAUGGAAUUCUUUUUUGUUUUUCGUAUUUUUUUCUUGGUAGCAAAACAGUAUGGAAUUCAAUCCCUAGCAUUUUUUUGUGAUAAUGUUAUCCUAAUUUCUAUGCUCACUUC